AUGGAGCCACUUGAGAACCCAGAGGCCAGCCUUAAGGGAGGCCUGGCCAGGGAAGUGGCCUCUGGCCACACUGGUGCUGAACUCUACCUCCUGCCCGUGGCCCAUUUUGGGCCAGGUUCCCCUGGCCUCGGGACCCCUGGCAAUGCGCUCCCUUCUUGGCACCCACCCCCACAUCGACUGUGCUGUGAACAUGGUGGGGUGGGGCCAAGCCCAUGUGAGCAGGAGUGGCGGCACCUGGUGCUGCCCGCCCAGUCGCCUGCCUACCACACUUCUUUUCUUUGGACUGUGAACGGACCUUCUCGAACUCUUGGGCAGCCCGGGGGGUCCCGCGUGCACACCCCACACUACCUUUGCUGCCUGAGCUCCAAUGGUUUCCUCUGUACAAGGUCAGAGGAGAGUUGCGCCAUGGCUUCAGGGGCCCCAGAUUUAGAUACACCCAGCAGAUGCGGCUCUUGUGUCUCGGCCUACUUAUAUACUGCCCUCACCCUUGGUGCUGGAAACACCAAGUCCUACCAGCUUUUGCUGCUCUCAGGGUUGAUGGUUGGGGUCAGCCUCCCACUGGAACUGGGGGGUCACCCAGGCAUGUGCCCCAACCAGCUCAGCCCUAGUCUCUGGGUGGAUGCUCAGAGUACCUGUGAGCGGGAGUGCGUCCAGGACCAGGACUGUGCUGGGGCCGAGAGAUGCUGCACCAACGUGUGUGGGCUCCGGAGCUGCGUGGCCGCCCGCUUCCCGGAGGGCGACGGUAGCCCAGAGGGCCCGGGCCCGGGGGCCUCCUCCUGCGAGGGCUUCUCGUGUGCGCAGCAAGGCUCAGACUGCGACAUGUGGGCCGGGCAGCCCGUGUGCCGCUGCCGGGACCGCUGCGAGAAGGAGCCCCGCUUCACCUGCGCCUCGGACGGCCUCACCUACUACAACCGCUGCUACAUGGAUGCCGAGGCCUGUCUGCGCGGCCUGCGCCUAUACGUGGUGUCCUGCAAGCAUGUGCUCAGCUGGCCGCCCAGCAGCCAGGGGCCGCCCGAGGCCACGGCGCACCCCACGCCCGCUGAUCCCCCGGUGCCCCCCGCCCUCUACAGCAGCCCGGCCCCGCAGGCCGUGCACGUCGGGGGCACUGCCAGCCUGCACUGCGACGUCAGCGGCCACCCUCCACCCGCCGUGACCUGGGAGAAGCAGAGCGACCAGCGGGAGAGCCUCAUCAUGCGGCCCGACCAGAUGUACGGCAACGUGGUGGUCACCAGCAUCGGGCAGCUGGUACUCUACAACGCCCAGCCCGAGGACGCGGGCCUCUACACAUGCACCGCGCGCAAUGCUGCAGGCCUGCUGCGCGCUGACUUCCCCCUCUCUGUGGUCCUGCGCAAGGCCCCAGAGGCCCCCGAGCCCACAGCCACCUGCCAACCUGACCCCCACGCCUGUGCGGGAGCCCCUUUCGACCGCGUCCUCUGGCACUUCGACCCGCAGCGCGGGAGCUGCAUGACCUUCCAGGCCCGCAGCUGCCAAGGUGGCUUCCAGACCUACGAGGCCUGCCAGAAGGCGUGUGCACGCGGGCCAGGGGAUACCUGUGCACUGCCAGCUGUGCAGGGCCCAUGCCAGGGCUGGGAGCCACGCUGGGCCUACAGCCCGCUGCUGCAGCAGUGCCAUCCCUUUGUCUUCGGCGGCUGCGACGGCAACGCCAACAACUUCGAGAGCCGUGAGAGCUGCGAAGACGCCUGCCCCGUGCCCCGUGCGCUGCCCUGCCGUGCGUGCCGCCUGCGCAGCAAGCUGGCACUGAGCCUGUGCCGCAGCGACUUCGCCAUCGUGGGCCGCAUCACAGAACUGCUGGAGGAGCCCGAGGCUGGCGGUGGCAUCGCCCGCGUCGCCCUAGAUGACGUGCUCAAGGAUGACAAGAUGGGUCUGCGCUUCCUGGGCACCAAGUACCUGGAAAUGACGCUCCGCGGCAUGGACUGGGCCUGCCCCUGCCCCAACGUGACAGUGGGCGACGACCCACUGGUCAUCAUGGGCGAUGUGCGGGACGGAGUGGCUGUGCUGGAUGCAGGCAGCUACGUCCGCGCGGCCAAUGAGAAGCGUGUCAAGAAGGUCUUGGAGCUGCUGGAGAAGAAGGCCUGUGCACUGCUCAACCGCUUCCAGGACUAG